AUGACGUUGUUUGGGCCAGAAGCCCUAGCAAGUCUGAGUUGGAGAUUGGAGAAGCAGCCGCACAACGUCACCUCUUCGUCUCUCCACUGUAUUUCUUCCCCUGAUCGCUGGCACCACAGCUCCCCGGCUCCCUCAUCUUCCCGCCACUGCCGCCGCACCUCGUUCGAUAUCAUCAUCCACCAUCUCCCGUUGCUCACCCUCUUCAUCUGCUCUCACUCGGCCCCCUCAUCUUUUCGCUACAACCGCUGCGUAAUUUCCCGUCGCAUCUCCCGCUGCCAAGAUCUGCUUUACCAAGUCGGCAAUAAAAGGAGGAAGGAGAUGGAGAAAUAG